AUGGCCGCAUACCCCUCAGAAAAAGAGCCGAUGCGCAAAAUCAAUACCUCCAAGUUCUACUUCGAGUACAAGGGCCACCCCAUAGAGGAUCUUGAGCGCUUCAAAGAGAUCACACUCGCGGAACGACCGGAUAAGCCUAUUGUCUACCUAGCUGGCGACUCUUCACUCGACAACAAGUUCUGGCUGCACAAGACCGUCGAAGAAAUUGGCGUCGAUGUCCCUAAAAUCUACGAGAAGACGCUCGAGAAACCGCUGCCAAAGCCGGAUGUCUCGUUCUGGCUAAACCAUGUGCUGGGCGAGCGUGCAACGUGCAUCAACACUGCAGUAGAGGAGUCAAUGCUGCGCGAGCGCGAUGAGAAGUUGUUAACUCACGAUGAAUUCAUUCGCGACAACAUCCGUGCCGAGGACGUCCUGAUCGUGAGCAUUGGCGCAAACGACAUCGCUUUAAAACCACUGCCUUGCACAAUGCGCCACAUGCUCCAACUCGCCUGGCUCACACCCCGCAAAUCCCUCGAGAACCAUACCGCAAGUUCGCUACAGUACUUCAAGAACCUCUUCGGUACCAAGAUUCAGGACUACGUCACUCGCGUUACUGCCAAAACCAAGCCGCGCGCCGUCAUCGUGUGCAUGAUCUAUUUCCCACUGGAAGCGCAAUUCAACCAAAAGAGCUGGGCAGAGUGGCAACUUAAGGCGUUAGGGUAUAAUUGGUUUCCCGGACAGCUGCAGACGGCGAUUAGGGCGAUGUAUGAGAUUGCGACGAAGGAGAUCAGGGUGGAGGGUACGGAGAUUGUGCCGUGCGCGCUGCAUGAGGUGCUAGACGGGAAGUGUGCGGACGAUUACGAGGCAAGGGUAGAGCCUAAUCAUGAGGGGGGACGGAAGAUGGCCGUGAGGUUCGAAGAGUUGUUGGAGGGGAGACUGGACACGACCAACGAAUCUGUGGCGGGAAGUGACACGGUGGAUAAGACACUGGACCUGAUUGUUUGAGAUGUAGCUCUUCAUUUAAACACUGAAACUAAAUCCUGAACACACACAUAAACACAG